CCAGGGGUGAGCGCGUCACAUUGGCCACUUAGCCAUUUAAGAUGGACGUCUCCUUCAUCCUCUCUCUCCCACAGCAUCUCAAUCACGGACUUCUCACCAGACUCGGCGAUACGCGUCUUUUCGAUAAGUACAAGCCAUCCAUCGUAGGGCCAAUAGCGAGGCAAAAUGCAGCUCCUUCGCAGCGCUCUGGCAGCCAGUGUUGCCUUCGCAGCUAUCUCGAGCGGCGUCAAGGCAGCCGACGAGAAAUCAGACGUGGUGGACCUCACCAAGGACACUUUCGCUUCUUUCGUCGAGAAUGAGAACCUCUCCCUGGUCGAGUUCUUUGCGCCUUGGUGUGGUCAUUGUCAAGCUUUGAAGCCUCAUUACGAGGAAUCUGCCACGGCUCUUCUCAAAGAGGAGACUCCCAUCAAGCUGGCCAAAGUGGACUGCACAGUUGAAGAAGACGUGUGCUCUGAGCAAGAGGUGCAGGGCUAUCCUACACUCAAGGUCUUCCGAAAAGGAACAGCCAGCGAAUACAAUGGACCCAGAAAGGCAGAUGGAAUCAUCAGCUACAUGAAGAAGCAAGCGCUUCCUGCGCUGUCCGAGGUCGCACCUGCGGAUCUUGAAGAAUUCAAAAAGAAGGACAAGCUUGUGGCGGUAGCCUACCUCGCUGAUGGAGCCAAGGAACUCGCCACCUUCUCCAGCCUGGCCGACAAAUUGCGGGACUCGUAUGUCUUCGGUCACGUUGCUGACGCUGAAGCCGCGAAGGCAGAGGAUGUCAAGGUUCCAAGUAUCGUCCUCUACAGAUCAUUCGAUGAGCCCAAGAUUGUUUACAGCGGCAAACUCACAGACGAGUCUGCCAUCGAAGAGUUCAUCAAGGCAGAGUCUACCCCUCUCGUGGACGAGGUCGGCCCAGAGAAUUUCAUGACCUACGCAGAGGCUGGUGUGCCCCUCGCAUACUACUUUACUCUGCCAGACGCUGCCGACAAAGACAAGGACGUCGAGGCAUUGCGUGACAUUGCAAAGAAGCACAAAGGCAAGCUCAACUUCGUUUGGAUUGACGCUGUCAAAUUCGUCAACCACGGAAAAGGUCUCAACCUCAACGGCGAGAAUUGGCCUGCUUUCGUUAUCCAGGACAUUCAAGGCAACACUAAAUUCCCCUUGGAGCUGAGCGGAGAUCGCGUUGGUGCUAUCAGCAAGCACGUCGACGACUUCAUCGGAGGAAAGCUCAAACCAUCCAUCAAAUCCGAAGCGGUUCCUGAGCAGGACGGUCCGGUCUGGGUCCUAGUCGCAGACGAAUUUGACAAGGUCGUGUUCGACGACAAGAAGGACGUUCUCGUCGAAUUCUACGCCCCUUGGUGCGGACACUGCAAGAAGCUGGCGCCUACCUGGGACACCUUGGGCGAGAAGUAUGCCGCCCACAAGGACAAGAUCGUCAUCGCAAAGAUGGAUGCCACGGCCAACGACGUGCCUCCGUCCGCGGGCUUCCAGGUCUCCAGCUUCCCAACCAUCAAAUUCAAGCCUGCCGGCAGCAAGGAGUUCCUCGACUUUGCUGGUGACAGGACUUUGGACGGGUUCGUCGACUUCAUUGGGCAGAACGCAAAGAACAGCGUCAAGAUCGAUCUCAGUGCACCUGCCAACAACACCAAACCAGCAGCUGCUGAAGAGCAUGCUAAGCCCAAGCACGAGGAACUCUGAUCUCCAUUGCAGUGAUUUUGCCUCAAACAGCAAGUUGUAACGUAUUCAAAGAACCUUUGGGUUGGGUUGAUAAUCUGUCGCGAGUGUUGUGCCAUCUCGAAAAAAAUUGAUGAAUGAAAUGAGUCGUGCAUCUCACUUGUGGUCACGCCUAUGAUAUCUGAUCGGUCACCGGCCUCUCACACCAGCCAUUCACGAAACAGAACGGAACAGAACAGCACCAAAAGGGUUGAAGACAUUCGAAUUCCCCUUGGAGAUAGCAUGCGUUCGAUAGUUGGAGGUCGAUGUCCAGGCGCAAAAACAGGCAAAGCGAGUUGCUUCUCAUGCCGACGAGCGAGGCGUCAGCCAUACCACAUCGUACUCGCAGUAGGCGAGAAAGUUUCUGUUCGAAUCCUGUCCUUCUUUUGCGGGGGCCCUGAUUAAGGAGGCGGUCCGAGUACGAGGUGCGCGAAG